GCAAGCGAGUGCGCACUGAGGCUGCGCGGUGGCCGCGCCGCGGCAACCUUCCCGAGCCCUCUGCGGUCCAGUCCAGCAGCCGCAGAACCCUGUGUUGUCUCUCCUAGUCCUCCUGCAGCCGCCCCGGCCGCUGUCCACCGGGGUGUGUGCAGCGGCUCGCACGCCCCGCGGCCCGCGUACGCGCUCUGCACCUGCCCACCCGAAAACAUGUUGCAGAAACCCGAGAGCGGGGCUCGCCCCAUCCCUCAGGCGGAGAGGGAGAUGGAUGGCAGCCAUGACGGUGAGACCCAGGCUCUGACCGCCUCGCAGGAGAUGGCCCCGAGCCCCCUUCUGCAGGAGAGCCCCGAGGAGGACCUUGGCGCUGUAAGGGAGGAGGGGGCUACGGAACCCUGUCUCACCCCGAGAGGCGCGAGGGCUUUGGCAGCCAAAACCUUGGCCCGGCGUAGAGCCUGCCGCCGUCUGGAUCGGACGGUAGCCGAGUUGGUGCAAUUUCUGCUGUUGAAGGACAGAAAGAAGAGCCCCAUCACUCGCUCCGAGAUGGUGAAAUACGUUAUCGGAGACUUAAAGGAUCUAUUCCCUGAGAUCAUCGCAAGGGCCGCAGACCAUCUGCGGUAUGUCUUCGGUUUCGAGCUGAAACAGUUUGACCGCAAGCACCACACUUACAUCCUGAUCAACAAACUAAAACCUAUUGAGGAUGAGGAGGAGGCUCUGAGAGGAGAUGGCCCCAGAUUGGGUCUCUUAAUGAUGAUCUUGGGCCUUAUCUACAUGAAAGGUAAUAGCGCCAGAGAGGCACAGGUCUGGGCGAUGCUGCGUCGGUUGGGGGUGCGUCCCUCAAAGUAUCACUUCCUCUUUGGGUACCCGAAGAGGCUUAUUAUGGAAGAUUUCGUGCAGCUGAGAUACCUCAAUUACAGGCGUGUGCCUCACACCAACCCACCGGAAUGUGAAUUCUCUUGGGGUCCCCGAAGCAACUUGGAAACCAGCAAGAUGAAAGUUCUGGGGUUCGUGGCCAAACUCCAUAAGAAAGAACCCCAACACUGGCCAGUGCAGUACCGUGAGGCCCUGGCAGAUGAGGCUGAUAGGGCCAGAGCUGGGGCCAGUGUGAGGGCUAGGGCCAGCACCCACCCCUGGUGAGGGCCAGGUGGGGGUGGGGGGAUAUAAAAGCUACCGUCUGCGUCAUAAGUAGACUCGGUGGGGAGAGGGUCUUUAUUUAUGUAGCAUUUGUGUUCGUGUAACUAGGAUUUAGUUUUUGUAUCUUGCUCAGUUUUGCUAUGUUUAAUAUAUUGUUAAAUUGAUGUUUAUAAAUGAAAUUCGUCUACUUUUUCCUGUAGGAUUUUGUUGUAGAUUUUUGCUGGUUUUGUAAAAUGAAUUGAAAAUCUUUACAUUUUCUUCUGUGGUCUUGAACAAAUUAUGCAGCACCAAAUGAUGUAUUUAAUUAGUUUGAAGAAACUCAGCAGUAUGAUGAUCUGGUGCCAGGGGAAAAAAAUAGCUGAAUGGUACCUAGCUUUUGUCUAUUGUAUAAAGAAAAAAGACUGACAUGUAAUUCUGCUUAGUUAUUAUAAUACCUGGUGGGGGUGGGGAUGCAAUAAAUUAGAGGUAUAACCUGGUACACCUAAUAAAUAUUUGUUAGGCAUC